CUCUGUCUCCCUCUCUCCACGAACUGCCCAGGAGUGAGCAGCUGCUCCCGGUUGGUCCUGCCUGACGGACAGAUACACCGACAGCCUGACAUCCUAGCCCACCAACUAACCAGCCUGCACCGGGCUGCUUCCCCCUCCCCAGGAACAUUCACCAUGAGUCCCCUGUGGCUACUCACCUUGAUGCUGGCCUUGAGCCAGGCCCUGCCCUUUGAGCAGAAGGGCUUCUGGGACUUCACCUUGGACGAUGGGCUGCUCAUGAUGAAUGAUGAGGAGGCUUCAGGCUCAGACACCACCUCAGGUGUCCCCGACAUGGAUUCUCUUACACCUACCUUCAGUGCCAUGUGUCCUUUCGGCUGCCACUGCCACCUGCGGGUUGUUCAGUGCUCUGACUUGGGUCUGAAGACUGUGCCUAAGGAGAUCUCACCUGACACCACACUGCUAGACCUGCAAAAUAAUGAUAUCUCUGAGAUCCACAAGGAUGACUUCAAAGGCCUCCAGCACCUCUAUGCCCUGGUCCUGGUAAACAAUAAGAUCUCCAAGAUCCAUGAGAAGGCCUUUAGCCCUCUGCGGAAGCUGCAGAAACUCUACAUCUCCAAGAACCACCUGGUGGAGAUACCUCCCAACCUGCCCAGCUCCCUGGUAGAGCUACGCAUCCAUGACAACCGUAUCCGAAAAGUGCCCAAGGGCGUGUUCAGCGGGCUCCGGAACAUGAAUUGCAUUGAGAUGGGUGGGAAUCCCCUGGAGAACAGUGGCUUUGAACCAGGAGCCUUUGAUGGCCUGAAGCUCAACUACCUGCGCAUCUCAGAGGCCAAGCUAACUGGUAUCCCCAAAGAUCUUCCUGAGACCCUGAAUGAACUUCACCUGGACCACAACAAAAUCCAGGCUAUUGAGCUGGAGGACCUACUUCGUUACUCCAAGCUGUACAGACUAGGCUUAGGCCACAACCAGAUCCGGAUGAUUGAGAAUGGGAGCCUGAGUUUUCUGCCUACCCUGCGGGAACUCCACUUGGACAACAACAAACUGUCCCGGGUACCUUCUGGCCUUCCAGACCUCAAGCUCCUCCAGGUGGUCUAUCUGCACUCCAACAACAUCACCAAGGUGGGCAUCAACGACUUCUGCCCCAUGGGCUUCGGAGUCAAGAGGGCCUACUAUAACGGCAUCAGCCUCUUCAACAACCCUGUGCCCUACUGGGAAGUGCAGCCAGCCACCUUCCGCUGCGUCACUGACCGCCUGGCCAUCCAGUUUGGAAAUUAUAAGAAGUAGAGGCAAUGGUCCCUUGCCAGUCCCUGCACAAACAAAUCUGGGACCAACUAUCUCCCUGAUUGCCCUGCCAAGCACUUGAUCCCCAACCCUGGAGGAGGCUGAAAGGUGGAGGCCCAGAAUCCUGUCCUCAUUGUCCAGGAAGAGGGCCAUACUCUGCUGUCAAGAUGAGGAGCAGGAAGCUUCCUAGCCCCUGGAGAGGCUCAGCAGGCCACCAGAGCCCCCCCCCCCCCGAACCAGUUUGCAUUGGCCCAUGCCCUCUCUACAAGAUGGCUAGAUCCCUCUCCCUCAUCUCUGGGUCCCUGCUGUAAUAGGGGUUGGUGAGCAGUUGCACCCAGCUGGAGGGAGUUCUGCUUCUAAGGUCAGUUGUCUUUCAAUUAAAGAAACACUGUGCAAUA